AAAAAUGCCGUACGGGGCAAUAGCCUCGGCGAAGAUACCGUUGGGGUUGUGGUUAGGGUUUGUGCUGGUCGGCGCCAGUGUAGUGUGGAGCGGUGGAAACGCUCAGAACUAUAAUGCUCCGUCGAAAGCCGUCAGUGAACAGUUGGUUGGCGCGAUUAACGAUCUAGCACGGAGCCUCGGCCAGCAGCUGGGGGCGACCGGCGGUAAUACCAGCAAGACGGAACUCUUCUCGCCGGUCAGCAUCGGGAGCAUGAUGUUCUUGCUGUUGCGUGCAGCGAAUCGAGACACGCGGAACGAACUGCUCGAUGUGCUGCAGCUGCAACAGUACCGAAAGCCUGGCAGCGGGAACAUACCGAAGAACUUUGCCCGCUUGCUCAAGGAGUUCACGCACGAUAUCGCCGGGAAAGGAAUUCUGGAGCAGUUACCGAGCUGGCAUACGGCUAGUGGAUGUUACCCUGUGAUAGACGGCCUUGAUUACGAGGAUGAUGAUGAUAAGUAUCUCGAUGAACCGAUUCAACCGAACGUGGUGCAGCUUGCUAAUGGGAUCUUUCUACAGAACGGUCUAAUCAACAGUACCAACUUUGUCAAACUUGCCAAAGAGCUUUAUCAGGCACAGAUCGAGCAGGUCAACUUCAGUGAGCACCCGCAGGCAGCCCGUGCCACCAUCAAUCACUGGGUGAAUGAAAGUACACGGGGCCGUAUCGAGGAGAUUCUUUCCGACGAUCUAGACACGAGCACGCAGAUGGUCAUCGCCAAUGCGCUCUACUUCAAGGCUACCUGGGAAACGUUUUUCAACGAGCCACAGUUCACUCGUCCGCAACCCUUCUUUCCCGAUGGUGAAGAUCAUCCAUCCAUACUGGUGCCCACCAUGUUUGCCGGCGGUUGCUUCCCGUACUACUCGUCGCCCGAGCUGAACGCACGCAUUAUGGCCUUCCCGUACCGUAACCGUACCACCUCCAUGUACAUCAUCCUUCCGAACGAUUCGAACCGUUUGAAACUGCGCCAACUGCAGGCAAAGCUCAGCUCAACCGAGCUCGAACAACUGAUCGAACGCAUGCGAAUGGCAAAAGCGAUCGUACAGUUCCCGCGGAUGCAUGUCACCAACACGUACGAUCUGAAGCGUGCGCUGCAGCAGCUUGGCUUAAAGACACUGUUCGAUAGGACGAAAAAUAAUCUUAAAAUAGCGGCACCCACCAGUCGGACGGCUAAUCGAUCGAGGAAGCUGUACGUCAGUGAGAUGGUACACAAGAUUGAUCUGGCGAUCAAUGAGCGUGGCACGGAAGGUGGUGCUGUGACGAUCACCGCCAUGGAACGAUCACUACCACCAGUGAACUUUCGUGUGAGAGGACCCUUCCUGCUUGCCAUACGGCACGAUCCUACAAAGAUGCUACUAUUUUAUGGAGCAGUGUUUGAUCCUUCGUAAGAAAG